AGACUGAGAACUAGAUCUUAACCAACACGUUUAGAGCCGUGGGAAAAUAUUCAAAUAACAUUCAGAAACUCGAUUACAAUUCUUCGUACAGGUCUUGCAAAUUUUUCUUGGACAUAAGUGUCUGCGAAAAGUUCUGAAAUAUUCUUUCUCUUGGGAUUUGAACUUCGUCCAGGUGGUUUGCUUGUCCCCUCCUUCCAAAGGGGUGUGAGAACUGGCCCCGCGAUGCGGUCGCUUCUCCCGCUCACUGUGUAUUGCAUCAGCCUGCUCUCGUUCCAGCUCCUCGCUCUCCCUGUGGACCAUCUACAGAGAAACAGGUUGGACCUUCUCAAAAAGCUCCAUGCCCUGAGAGAGGAGGACCAGAUCUUCACCCCGGAGUUAGAUACCGACCCGGCCAGCCCUUCAGACUCCAGCCCUCCACCAGCCAUCCAUGACUCCACAAGAUGGCUGCCAGGUUUCCUCAGAGACACACCAUCCUCCAGUGACAUGAGAGAGGCCGUGCAAGUUCGGGCGUUGGCGUGGGCGCGUGGCGCCACAGGCUCGGAGACCCAGCGGAGGCCGUCAAGAGGUCGUCGUCACGCCCACCAGGGGUCAAAAGGGGGUCACCACCACCCCCACCACGCUCAGCUGAUGCGGGUGGGGUGUGUCCUGGGAACCUGCCAGGUACAGAACCUUAGCCACCGGCUCUACCAGCUGAUUGGCCAGAGCGGGCGAGAAGACUCCUCCCCCAUUAACCCCCGGAGUCCGCAUAGUUACGGAUGAGUUGCAGACAAAGUCUCUCCAAACACCCCAGCAAGUUCAUCUGUCUAGAUAUUUAUCUAUUCCUUUCAGUAGUAUUUGCAUCACAGUUUGUUGUAGUCCAUACUUUGUCACCAACGAACUUGUUGCAGCUUCUUCUUUUUUUCAAACAACAUUUUCCAUGUCUUACUGCUCCUGUACUAAGACAUCACUAUGCCAUCUAACAAGGAGGAUUACAACUCAUUGACAAGACUGAAACCCAACACAAACCGGACUCCUCUCACCAGCUUGGGAAACCAUGCCAAGUCUCCAGAACCUUUGAAGGACACUAUGGGCUCAUAAAAGCCUGUCCCUCUCUCUCUCCCUCCUGACUCGUCAAUAAGACUAAUCCUGUUCAUGGAAGGAUAAAGACCUGUCCACUCAGGGCCGGCCUCUCGCUUCAACACCAGCAGACACUUGGCCCUGCACCUACCCAGCAGCAGUUAGCCUCCUGCCCAUUGAUCAAACACUUAAGCCCCUAAUUUGGAUUUGAACCUGUGUCGGGAUCUGAUCCUCGUCAGAAGACCCAAAGAUCUGACGAAACAACCAAAUGAACCCUUUUACCUCUUACCCUUCUGACACCCCCCCCCCCCCCCCCCCCGCCCCCCAUAUUAGGGACCUUGUUUGACACUGGCCUGGCCACUGAUAUCCAGACCACCAGCUACCAUUAUAGACCACACAGCUAUAAUCCUUCCCCUCACCCUCACCUGAACACACACGGUUCAAGGGGUCUUUGUGUGAUUAUGAAUGAGUCAUUAUGGUGUCAUUACAAUGCUGCAAUGCAUAGGGGUGCUGGUCCAAACAUCAUGUAGCAGAGGUAGGUAGAUUAGUACUGGUCCCCCCCAACCACACUCCAGCAGUCCCUAAAAUAUUAUCCCCUUCACGUGAUUCAUAAGUUCUCCCUGUAAGCCAUGACUUUAGUUAGAGGGCAUUUGAAUAAACAACACCCAGUCCCUUCUGUUGUACUGUCACACACCCUCACUCAGGGUCUUGUUUGAUGUGAUUUAUAAACACACUCUGCCUUGACCACUCAAUAGGGGACCAAAGGCCAUCGUAAAUCUGGCGGCCAACCCCAACCUAACCCUGCCACCGACAGCAUUCUGACUUUGGUGUAAGAUAAUUCUGGAAAGAUUGGAUACUCCAAGUCCAUUGAAAGACAACUGUCUUACCAACAUUGUUAGUGUUGGUAUGCCCAUUGUUAGUGAUGUUUAGCGAGGUUCAUAAUGAGAGACUAUGGAGACCAAAAUGUAGGGGCAGGAGUGCCAGAUUUUAAAUUUGUUCGCUAAAUACCAUACAUGCCGUAAAAUAUGCCCCGAGAGAGCUGAAAUGGUGGGUGGACACCAUCUCUAAGAAUAACAAAAACAAGCUACAUUCAGUCAACGUCCCACAAUUUGACCAGUCAAAAACACGUUAUUUGACAGUCUCGAAAUAUAACUUGCAAAAUGGCCAUGGCUGGAUCAACCCCCUUUAUGAUUUCAACGUUGUGUGGUCCAACAAAGACUCAAGUUGAAAGGAUUUCAAUAAUCCUUUACACUUCAAGUUUUUAUGAGCUUUCCAAACAUAUAAUCCUGAUUUACUGAAUGUGAUCUUUCAUAUUACAGUUAGAAUACAGGUCAAUACAUAAAGUAACUUUUAUAUUCCUCAUUGAAUGAUCACAUGUAUGCAUUUCUUUAAAUCGUUUUGACAACAACAAUUUGACAACAAUCCCACAAUUAACUUAGUGUGGCAUUGCACACAUGCCAAGUGGUUUAUACCAAAAACCUGACAUUGCUUGCCAAAAUCGAAUUCAAUUUGAGUGAUAGACAUCAUGCUAUCAGGUUUUUCCGACUUUUAGUUAGUCUUGUCUGGUUUUGUGUCUUUUGACUGAAUUAUUUUAUUCAAUACUGGUUAAUUUUACGACCAUUUCUUUAUAUAUAGAUUGAUUUCAACAUAGUCUCGUUUAAUCUCUUUCUCUCCCUCUCUCUCUCUCUCUCUAAUGAUGAUGACAGGAGGUCGCAGGUCAUAAUUCAGUUGUUUCUUGAUCUGAAGGCUAAUCUGUUCAAAGGCUUGCUGAGGCACACAUGCCAUUCUCUCUGCUGUAAUAGAGCUAAUCAAUGUCUCGUGACGGAUCAUUAAAAGCUUUUCAAAUGCUGAGAACUUUGGGUGAAUCUCUCUACUUUCUACUCCAGUAUUGUCACACACAUCACGUGUGCGAGGCUGCGCACACGUGUGUUCCUGCUCAGCCCGACAUCAACAGUGUCUAUCAGGACCCGAUCCCCUGGGUUUGACCUUUGUUGUAGACGUUUCAAUGUGCUCAGAAACACUGUUUGCCUUUGUGUGCUUUUGUGACGUGGUUAGAUGUAAAGUUGCGUCAACGGGCAGAUCAGGAGCACUUUUAUGCAGCUUAGCGCUGUGUUUGUCUGGGUAAACUACGUAGGAUCUGCUGAGUGGUGGCACUCUGGCCACUUCUACCUCCCCAUGUGUGUCCUGAAAACCCAUUCACACAGAAGUGUGUUCACGUGUGUGUGCAUGUGAGUGUGUUUGUUCGUAGGUAUUUGUGAGGUAGUCGUCCUUUUCAGGAUCAUCCAGUUUGCUGUCACUCACUCUUCAUUUGUGUCCCUAUUAAACAUUUUGAUAUAUAGGUUAGGGUCACAGCAGAGCACUUUACAUGUUGUCCUCGCGACUUGAAUUUUCAAUCUUUGUCAUAAAAUGUGUGCACGGAAGAUAAGAAUUGUGAUGUAUGUAUUGCAUUUGAUAAGGAUCUGUACAAAUGUAUUUGAAGAUGUAGUGGCCCACUCCUUGGGGGUGAAAGCAUGACAGUGACUAUUAUGAACACUUGUGUAUGUAUAUAUAUAUAUAUGUCUUAGUCAUACUAUUUAAGAAAUGUUAUGUAUUUAAGUUAUCUUUGUAUGUUCAUAUCUGUGUGUCACCAAAGACUCUAUUUAUCUCAUAUUUUCCACACUUUUGCAAGGUGGCCUUAAUGGUGGAAAAGGUUAGUUAAAUGUUACUGUCAGAUUAUGUCCAUCAUUCUGUGAAAAAUAAAGAAUUCCACUGUAGUGAGAUGA